CCGCGCAUCCAUGAUUGGUAUCGCUCAUCACGGCACAGAAACAUCCCAUAUCGGAAGCACAACCGAACGUAGACCGAACACCCAUCAAGCCCUUGGAGCGCAGCAACGGAGUGAAAGAUCGCGGGAACGCCGCUACGAAGCCAGCCUCCCGACCUCGAGAACCUCACCCAAGACAUGGCGCCGAUGAUCGAAGCUUUCCACGCCACCGAGCUCGCCGAACGAGUCAAAUACAAGCCCGACGGCCAAUUCCACAAGCCGCGGGUCGACCUCAAAGACUGCGCAUUGAAGGAGUUGAUCCAGUACGAUUGUCAAUUACAGGGCCCGAAGAAUAGUCCCUCGAGCAAGGUCGUUUGCGAGCCCGUUCUACGGCUUUUCAGGAAAUGUGCGGGAGGAUUGACCGUCGAGACGACGGCGUGGGAAGACCGAUUCGAUUGAGCUUUGGGAUUUACGCGCACGAGUGGAGUAGACGUCAUUCGCAAACACGUCGGUUGAUCACUUUCACGGCAGCUUACGAUCCUGUCAAGAUAUGCUCAUGAUGUUGGCGGUAGCAAAUCCCAUGUGGAAACGAGAAUCAAAUUGUACACCUCCAGCGCCUCGCUCGAAAGAUGCCCCCCCGAAAACAAAAGAUAAUAGUACAGCGGCAAUAUUGCACGGAAAUCAAACAAAGCCAUGCAGACUCUGUCGAUGCCCUCCCUUCCGCCAAUGCGCCAUGUUAUGAUUGACGAUGACGCCCUCGGGCAUACCUAAAUCCAUUCCUCCCUGAAUUUGUUCGUCCGUGCCGUCCACGCCCAGCUCCACGGCUUCGUCGGUAUCACCCAGGUCUUUGAGGACCUCUGCGAAGGUGUCCUCCUUCGCCCGCACCCGUCCCCUCCCACGCGCGGAGCCACGCAACGACGAUCC